AGGGUUCUGAGAGCCUUGGAAGUGAUAUUCGUGAUCACCGCGAAAUUCUCUAUCGAAUGGUGUAUGAAGUGUCGAAAAAUAAAUUUCACUGCAAGGCUGCCCUGGGUGCAUCUUAUAUAUAUCUAUAUAUAUAACUCCUUAAUUUUAAUUUAUCUGUCUGAAGAAGUUGUCGUCGACAACGAAACGUCAUAUUGGAAAUUUUAAAUAAUUUAAUUAAAUUUGUGGAAGAGUAUUAAAGAAAAAUGUCAAAUUUAUGUUUUAUACGAGCGGAGAUAUUUAAAUUUUAAAAUGAAGAAUAUUUUAGGAAAAAUUUAAUUUUUUAGUUUAAAUUUUUUAGUUACUUUAGUAAAGCUUUUUAUUGAACAGCUUUUCAAAAAUAUGUAGGGAGGUUUGUUCUUUCAAAUUAUGUCAGCUGAAGAAACUAUUGUUUAAACUGUUAGGCUGCUGAUGGUAGAAAACGAAAGGUCAUAUUUUGCUGGAAUUUUGGGCUCGUUUUCUUAGUCAUUCUUGAUUUUCUCGAAGUCAUAUCGAGAUCUCGUAUGUUCCAUUUUCAUAGGCGGUUGACCGAAAACCAAGCACUAAAGCCUUGGAGACUUACAGGAUUAAUGUUGAGAAGUCUCUCAAAAUGCAAGAACAGUUCCAUUGGUAAUUCUGUUUUUAUAGAUAAAAUCAUGGCGAAAGUAUCCAAACAAAAACUGAUGAGAUAUGAUAAACGAUGUAGAGAAAAAAUGAAACUCAAACGUGUUCAAUCAAAAAUAUUUGAUAAAAAGUUUAAGAAGAAACAAGCAUUAGCUAAAGCCACUUGGCAUAAAAAGCAAAAAGAAUUAGAAAAAGCAUCAAUUAGUUCACUAUCAUCAUCAAUACCUAUUGAUUUACGUACAACAGAAGGAAAGAAGACGUCGUCAAAAUACAUUAAAAUUAAAAGAAGAAAAUAAACAAUUACGUAAAACUGUUCGUACAUUAGAACAACAAAACCAACGUCUACGAUCAUUAUCAAUAUCGUCAAGUUCAUCAACAAAGAGUUCACCAUCACCAAACACUAAAGAAAAUAAACGAAAAAGGAAAAAAAAUAAUAAUGAACCAAUUUCACCAUCAAAAUUACUCCGACUAAAAUUACUACUACUCUCUAUUUUUAAACUAAAAUUUGAACGGAAAAAAUUCUAAAAAGACUUUUCUGUCUCCUAAACUGAAAUUUUUUACUGAUUUUAGCAAGUACGAAAAAAAUUUGGUAUAAAUCUUUCAAAUCAAUAUGCACCAAGUUCAACCGCAACAAUGACAGCACUUAUUUAUCAAAGAAUUGAAGAAUUUUUCAAACAAGAUACAGUAUCUCGUAUAUCUCCUGAUAAAUCAAAACAUGUAUCGUACAAAACAGCGAACAGAUUGCAUUUACGUAACUUUGGUCGUACACUGGAUUUCGCUAGGGAGAUCGAUUUAACUGAUUAUAUUAGUGAUGAUUGUGUUUUAUUGCGUUUUCUGAAAGGCUACGAAGAAGUAGAAGAUUUGAAUGGUUCGAUUUUAUUAACGUGUUUGGU